CAAAGCUUAUGUACACAGGUGGGUAUUAAAAUGGAAGUCAGCGAGUGAUAGAAUCCACAGGCAUCUAACAAAUUGUAUCACAGCUGAACAUUUAAAAUAAAAGAGCUGAUUUUGCAUCCAUAAUGAGAUUUAAUGUGAAUCUUCUUUUGUCUAAAGCUUGAUCCUCCACAGGGGCCACAGUUUUAUUAAAGCAUCAAGCAGGAACAAUUUUGUGUCCACAUAAACAUGUGCAGACGCAUGUGCAUUAUCAGCUCCCCCCAUUUUAUAAAGACUCUGGGACAAUAGGCAGCUCUGGGGUGAUGAUAAUUAAAAGUGACCAGGACAAUACGCUCGUGUAUGGAAGAACUAAUACAAUGAGAAGACACAUUUGUACAAAUAAAGCCGUCCACCCCUCCUUUUUUCUACAGCACAGAAUGGAGCAUUUUACCAAAACAAAUUCAUUCAAAUGAACUUGCAGGAUUGUAAAGAAAGAAAAAAAUGAAGUCACUCAAGAUACAUGCAAGAGCGUUACUUUUUAUUUCCUUCACAGGAGGAUGGGGGGAGAAAAAACAGGCCCAACUUGCUCCUACUGGAGUUUGGGGCUGUUUGCAUGAUGUCGAUCAAGUCAAAGUGAAACUUUAGGAACCAAACUGCAGUCGCUUUGAAGAGAGUGUGAGUUAUAAGCGCAAUAAAUUACCACAAAUGGCUUUAUUGCAACUGGAUUUCUUAAACUUUGUUUGUUUUCGCUGGAACAGAACUCGUUUUGUUGCGGAAAGAUAAGACAAGGUUUUGUUGCGAGCUUUUAUCACAGGGAAACAUCUGCAACACCAGUGGGGGACUCCACGAACAGGUGGCGCUGGAAGCGAAGCAACUUCACUUUUUUUUCUUUUUUUUCUCCUUAUUGUCAUUUAUCAACAUGGCUCACGUUAGUCUCCACUUCUUGCCCUUAAAAGUUGCAUAUUUAUCCAUGUAAAAGGCUUCAAGCAGAAGGCGCGUCUGUCAAAGCAGUUGAGGACUUCAGGGACACCUCGUAAAUAUGAAACUCCACUUUUAGAUUGCCGAAACAUCCAAUUCAAAGCUCAGAGCGAAAUCAAUCAAACGUUUUUUUUUUUUUUUUUUUUUUUUUUUUUUUAGUUUAUCAAUUCACUCGAAGCAACAACGUUAUACUUUAAUAUGCGCUAAAGUUCUUUAGUACUUUGAUGACAGGAAUUUACACGUCUUUUUAUGAAGUGUUGACGUUUUAUAAUUAUCAAAUUUGACCAAAUGCAUUACGAAAUAUAAUAUUCUUUUAAAAUAUAUUCAAAUUUACAAAACAAAAUCCACUUUCCCUACAUUUAUGAAACUGUUAUCAAAUAUAUAUGUAAAAAAGUCGGACUACCUUGAAGGGAAUACUGCGCAUGCGCGUUGCGAGCUCAGAGUAAGGAGCGCCAAAGUGGCCGGGAUAGAGGAGGAGGAGGAGUUGGAGGGGCUGCUGCAGUUUAAAUUAAUGUCAACCUGCUGCCUCGUCAGGAGAAUAAAACCAGCGCAGAUAGCGAAAGUACAUGUUCUGCGCAACCUGCUGCAAGCCGCUCACGAGACUGUACAAUGACCCGGCGGCCGAGGAACAGUGUUUACAGCAGCGAGGAGGAUGAUGAGGAAACAGAGAUGUAUGAUCACGACUACGAUGGAGUGAUGGCCAAGACGGGCAAACGCCACCUCGGCAAAACGCGAUGGACGAGAGAGGAGGAUGAGAAGUUAAAGAAACUUGUGGAACUUCAUGGAUCAGAGGACUGGAAAGUCAUUGCAAGUCUGUUAUCUAAUCGUACAGAUGUGCAGUGCCAGCACAGGUGGCAAAAAGUUCUUAAUCCUGAGCUCAUCAAGGGGCCCUGGACCAAAGAGGAGGAUCAGAGGGUGAUCGAGUUGGUGCAGAAGUACGGAGCAAAGAGGUGGUCGGUGAUAGCCAAGCACCUGAAGGGGCGCAUCGGGAAGCAGUGCCGGGAGCGCUGGCACAACCACCUGAACCCAGAGGUCAAGAAGACCUCGUGGACCGAGGAGGAGGACAGAAUCAUCUACCAGGCGCACGAGAAGCUGGGAAACCGCUGGGCAGAAAUCGCCAAGCUUCUCCCCGGCAGAACUGACAACGCCAUAAAGAACCACUGGAACUCCACCAUGAGGCGAAAGGUCGAGCAAGAAGGCUACCUUCAGAACGCGUCAAAGAGCGGCAGCUCCUCUCUUCCCAUCAGCCACAGCUUCGUCAAAUCCACCAAUCCUGUCAUGACUUUCCCCCACCACUCCCCCGAUCACGCACAGCUGCUUCCUUUGUCACCUGUUAACUAUACCUACAUAUCUGACACGCACAGAAUGCCCUUCUCCAUGGCUCUGCGUUUUAACAUCCUCAACAUUCCCCAACAUGGAACCGCUGCUAUACAACGACACUAUGGCGAGGAAGAUCCUGAGAAAGAACAGAGGGUGAAAGAGAUCGAACUUCUGCUCAUGUCGACAGAAAACGAGCUGAAAGGCCAACCAUCACUACCAAUCACUCCACCCUAUUCAAACUGGGCCAGCCAGAGCCCGUUGAUGAGCAGCUCUGAAGGUGUAGCUCUGUCCUUACCUCAUCACCAAGCACCAGUACCACUGCUCGACCAAAGCUGCCUACCGGAGGAGAGCGCCUCCACGACGCGGGCCCACUGCAGCCGUGGCAGCAGCAGCAGCCAUCACAGCAGCCCCGCUUUCACAAAUACUAUCCCAGACUUCAUGGAUUCUGUCAUUGAUUCAUUUCUCAACCAGUCAAUGAGCCCAGAACACUCCGAUGACAGUUUACAGAUGAGCUCCCCCGUGGACUCCAAGCCUCUCAUUGACCACUCCCUGAGGCCUCAGAAAGACUCUGAAAUGUUCCGGACUCCAAACAUUCAUCGAUCCAUCAUGGAGUCAACUCCUCGCACACCCACUCCAUUCAGACCCACGUUGACACUUCAGGAGACCAAAUACAGACCCCCCAAACUGAUGAACGCCACGCUGGAGCAGCAGAUGGUUGAUUCCAUCAAGCAGGAGCCGAUGGAGUGUGCCAUUGAGCAGCCCCCUCUUAAGAAGAUCAAACAAGAGGUGGAGUCUCCAUGUGAGAGGAGCCCCUGCAUGCAGUGGGAAGGACAAGACCUCAACGCGCAGCUCUUCUCCCCCAACGGUCCUGCACAGGAAGUACCUGACCUUCUCACCAGCUCAUUACUGAAUGACCUCCCUCGCAGAGGCAUGAACAGCCCACUACAGCUCAGUUCUUGGGAUCAGGGGAGCUGUACGAAAACAGAGGAGCACAUUAUGGCCUCGGAGCAGAGCCACAAGUACAUCAACACUUACCCUGCCAGGGCGCUUGUGAUGUAGACAAACGCUGGGCAGACGCAGCAUCACAGGUCUCUGUGUUUUUGUGGUACAACAGUUGGGAGAGGCUUCAUGCCACCUGUGUUUUUUACACUCACACUCGUUGGAUUUCAACCAACCAAAGACUAAACUUUUUUUUUUUUUUUUUUAAUGCAAAAUCUUUUUACAUAGAAUUUGAUUUGGGUUUUCCUAAAUACUAUAAUGCAUACUUUCUCUUUUGGUCUCCAUCGUGUAUUAUUAUUAUUAUCAAUGUUGUAUUAUAAAUGGGAAACGGUAACUAUGUUUGCAUUGGGCUGUAUUAUGAGUUACAAAUUUUGAUAUUAAUAUAAAGAACAAGUUGAUUAAUUUAUUAGUUUUUUUUGGUGAUGACGUUGUUGUUGUUUUACAAUUGGCCAAUAGAGCAGUGUUGUAAUUUUAAGUAUUUAAGCCCUGUUAGCAUUAGCAUACAUGCAUUGUUAUUAUUUCAAAACUGACCUCUGUAUUUUUACUUUAAUCUUUUUUUUCUAUCUUUUUUUUUACAUGGUUGUAUGGGGUCUACUGAUGAUUUCAUUGUUUGGUUUGAGCCGCCUGAUGUAAACACUUAGCAGGAAUGGAUGAACUUGUUAAACAAAAAAUACUAGUCAAAUUUGAAAAGGGGCCAGCCAAAAGUAGUAUUACCUGAUUACCACAUUGCCACCUUCAUUUCACCAAUAAUAGAGCAUUCAUUUCAAAUGUCGUUACCACUUUCUGGCCUUGACAGUAUCAUGUUUUGGUUAGCAUUUAAUGAACAAAUUCCUAAAUUUACAUGGUUACUGUUGGAAAAUACCUACAAAUAUUUCCACAUGUAAAAUGUUUGACAUCAUGAGCUUCAUCCAUUAAGAGUGAGACCAAGCCGCACUUGAAUUUUCUACAAAAAAAGAAGAGCAGUAAACACUGAUUUUUUAUUUUUAUUUUAUUUCAAUGGAAUACUACAGAAAAAAACUGGAAAUGUUUUUUCUUUUUUAUCACUUUUGUAAAACUUUUCUAUCAACAGUUUUGUAUUGUUUUUUUGUAAACCAGCAGCAUUUUUAUAUUCUUACAAAAAAGGCAGUCAUGUCAAACACUUAGCAGGCAUUUCUUUUAUAUAUAUACAUAUAUAUAUAUAUAUAUAUAUAUAUAUAUAUAUAUAUACCAAUGCAAUUUUGAUACUA